GUUGUCCAAUCAAAGAAAACUUUGGUUGUCCUCGACCAAUGAGCGCAGCGAUUGUUGCGGGGCCCCGUGGAAGCUGUCAAAAGGAAUUUCUGUGUUGUGGUAAAUGCAUGGUCGGAGCAAAUCACUAGGUGGAGAUGUUCCGCAGUUUGCUGGGGAAGACCUUGGGCUUUGUGGGCUACACAGUCCAGUAUGGCUGCAUUGCACAUUGUGCAUUUGAAUACAUUGGAGAAUUUGUGGUGUGUUCUGGUCCAUCCAUGGAGCCUACCAUUGUCAACCAUGACAUUGUUUUCUCUGAACGGAUGAGUCGUCAGCUUUUCAAAAUACAGAAGGGUGAUAUAGUAAUUGCAAAGAGUCCAUUUGACCCACAUAUGAACAUUUGUAAAAGGGUUAUUGGACUGGAGGGUGACAAGGUCUGCACAAGUUCCCCAUCAGAUAUUUUCAAGGCCCACACAUAUGUUCCAAAAGGCCAUGUAUGGCUAGAAGGGGAUAACCUCAGGAAUUCCACUGACUCAAGGAGCUAUGGCCCAAUUCCCUAUGCCCUCAUCCGAGGGCGAGUAUGCUUAAAGCUUUGGCCGCCAAAUAGUUUUGGGACCCUCAGUGAAAGCCCAACCAGACGGAUCAUUAAAACUCAGAGUGACACAGACUGACUCAUUCACUUUGUUUGUACCGUACGUUACUUUGUUUUCAAUCAUUUUUGAAUAAAGCUGAUAUUUAUUUACA